GCUUCCCCCUCAGCCGGUGGCGACCAUACACCGACCGGGGCGCAGACUCUCUUGUUGUCCGUCACUUUCUCAGCGAACAGACGGCGGCAGCAGCAGCAGCAGGAGGAGCAGAGUCGGUAAUCCCCCCCACCCUCUCAGUCCACCCCACCCCUUUCCAAAAAAAAAAAAAAGAAAAAAACCCUCAAGCCGGUGGCAGGAGGGGAACAAAACCUCGCGGGACACCUGUGAUGCUGGAUACCCCCUCUUUUUACGCUCUCUAAAACCGGAUUUUAGCUCCUAAUCGCAGCUGAAUUGUGGAUGAUGAAGAUGAGGAGAGGUGGUGUUUGAGAGGGGGAUGUAGACGCGGAAACAAGCGAGAAAAUCCGCCUCUUCUGACGGUGACGGAGCGCUCCGCGGCGGCGGCGCCACCAGCAGCAACAGCAGCAGCAGCAUCAGUCGGUCGGCGGAUGGAGAGGAAGGCGGAGGAAUGCUGGUGAUGAUAUAGGCAGGUGCUGCAGGCUCGUGCCGCAUUGUUGGCUGCCGCGAGCAACGCCGGGGAGACGGGUGAUGGUGUCGUCGUCAUUGUGCCACAAACAGAAAGAGAGAGAGAAAGAGAGAGAGAGAGGAGAGGCUCUGACAUGGAGGGAGUCAGCGGCUGUUUGAGCUCAGGCCGCCCGGAUCAGCAGGUUGGAUGUGCCGCCUGAAGCUGGGGGAACCGAGGCAUGACAUACACGGGGGUAAAAAUCACAGUGAAGUUGAAUCCUUGAAGGUGGAAUUGUUUUGUCCCCCGUGCGUAAAAGUGAUCAGCGCACAUAUGAUGAUAGUGCAUCACAGGAGCAUCAGCAUCAGCAGCGUCUGUGCCAGUUCAGGGUGGAUUACAGAGCAGCAGGCCUCCAUCUGAAUCCAGCUUCUGAUCAGGGCAGAGAGAACAGCAGAGAAUAUUCUUCACCCUGUUGCUGGAGCUAACUAUUGAUCGUGUUGUUUCUCUGCUGUGGUCCCCCGUGGAGGGACAGCUGUUGCAAAAGAUGACUCACUUGCAAGCUGGCCUCUCUCCAGAGACCCUGGAGAAGGCCAAGGUGGAGCUGAAAGAAAACCCAGAGACUUUACACCAGGACAUCCAGGAAGUCCGGGACAUGAUCAUCACCCGGCCGGACAUUGGGUUCCUCAGGACAGACGACGCCUUCAUCCUCAGAUUCCUCAGGGCGAGGAAGUUUAACCACUUCGAGGCGUUUCGGCUGCUGGCUCAGUACUUUGAGUACCGACAGCAGAACCUGGACAUGUUCAAGAACCUGAAGGCAACAGACCCAGGGAUCAAACAGGCCCUGAAGGAUGGGUUCCCAGGCGUGCUCUCCAAUCUGGACAGAUACGGCAGGAAGAUACUGGUGUUGUUUGCAGCAAACUGGGACCAGAGCAGGUAAAAAAAGGGGCUGUGACAGGGUCUUAAAGGUGUGUGGAGUCUGUUUUGUUAUCAAUCAGACAAAUUCAAAGAAACAGGACACAUAACAAUCACAGGAGAGAUUUAAACACAUGAAAAUAACAUGGAGUUUGGUUUAGGGAGCUGUCCAAUCAGCACCACACAGCUUGAAAGAAGACUCCUGUAAACGUGAUCAUGUUUCAGCUGUAGGAGUCAACACUUUCUGACCAAAAGUCUAUGUACACCCCAAAAUAUCAUCCCAGCAGCCCCCAGACUUCUGGUUGUAGUUUCUCCACCAGAUGUUAUUACGUAGCUGGAGGGAAUUGUUCCCAUUCAGCCACUGUUGGUCGAAGAGGUCUGGCUCACAGUGGGUGGUUCAUUUGAUCCCAAAACUGAUUAAUGGGCUUGAGGUCAGGGCUGCAAGUCACAUGUUAGUUUCUACUGAAACUAACAUGGUAGAGGCAAGUUAGUUUGAAUCACACAGGCUAAAGUCACAGGUUUAAGCAACAUAAACACCAUUUUAAAAUCAAGCAGAAAUUUUCCUGAUAUUAAAUCAGAAGUGAAGAAGAAGAGCAGAAAAGGAAAAAAAUCCAGAAAUACAAAAUGUCAUUUUUAAAAAGUAUACAGAGAGGAUGGCAGGGAUAAAACUCAGUGGACAAUCAGAACAGCGGCAUUUCUUUGUGAAACUGCAGAUUUUCUUAAGGCUUGGCACACACUGUCUUUUGGCAACAUUCACAUUUUCACCAAACAAAAAACAAAAAGUACCUCUUUUUUGAUGGUAUAAGGUUCAGAGUAUGUCUGUGAGGAAAGGUGAUCUUUAUGUAAAUUGGUCUUAUUGUGCAGCCAUUUUGCAAAUUCAAAGUACAAUGUGGAAAUUUGAUGCUUAAGAACAUUCCCUGUAAACCUUCAACAAAGCAAAAUUGUUUGUUUGAAAUUGAGAAAAUCACACCGUCAACUGAAUUUUUCUGUGAAUGACAGUUAGCACAUUUACAUGCAAAGACAUGACAGAAGCAUGUUUACCACCGCUACAGUAGGUGGCGACAUGCCCCCCUCUGCUCUUACUUCCCAUCUCCCAGUUAACCGCUACAAUUAUUACAAAACAAUUGACAAAAGUGUUAGCAUGUUGCUAACUAGGUGUGCGUUCAACAAUGAAAACUCUGUAACUUUUGUUCAGCCUUUCAUUUGUCCUUUUGAAGCUUCACCAGUUAAAGGGAUGAGCAAGUCACUAAGUCAGUAGAUUUAACGACUGAUUAUUCCUUACUCAAUAAUCAAUCCAUGAAAACCAGUCGGUUAUGUAACGUGCUGCUAUUAUCCAUCUUUUGUAAGCAGCAGCAGAAACUCUAAAGUGAGUGAGAUAUAAAGCAGCUGCCAUAAAGUCGCUGUGUGAUUCCUCUUGUUUGAGGCUGUGACUGUUCAGCUGCCAAUUAAGCAAACUAAGAAAGAGUACUCAUCGUCUCUUCAGGGAGGAGAAAGGUUUCUUGAUAAAGCAUCAGAGGGACUUGAAGAGGGAAAACGAUAACAAGGGCAACACAAAUCAGAAAAACACUGGACUGUUUAAUGGGACAGUGAAGUAUCCAGAGCUUCAUCAGAGCUGAAGGAAAACCACCAAGGCCAAAAACCAGCAGCACCAGCAGGCACAUGGUUACAGAAGAGGAAUUUGAAAAGGCUCACUUCCAGCUGAAGCAUUUUAGUUUUCUUCUAACACUUUAACAAAAACGUGUUGAUCCUGCUCUUGUAAUCAUACUUUUAGAAGUUUUUCUAUUGCAGCUUCUGUUCUUUACGUACCUAAUGUAAGUUCAAACGUAGCCUAGCUUGAAUAAAAAGGCUAACGACUGAGUUUGUGCACAGGUAAAGUCUUAGGAGCUACUCCAGCAGAGAUAUGUCCAACUUCAGCAUAGGUUACAUCUUCAAUCUUGCACACUGCUCUGAGGAAGUGUGAGGUCUUUUCAUAAAACACAAGACAAUACGAGCACAUACAAUAACAUACAAUAACAUACAAUAAUUUAUAAUAACAUGCGAUGUGAGACAAUACAGUAGGAAACAAUACAAUGAGAUAUGGUACAAUAUGAUAUGACACAUUAAGACACCAUGAAAUUACACACUUUAAAAUAUAACUUUUUUGAUUUGAUUCAAUUUAAUAUGAUGUAAAAUGUGAUAUGAUAUGAUGCAAUACAAUAAAAUACAAAUCAAUAUAAUAAGAAAAAUACAGUUACAUGCUGUUGGAUUUUAAAGACUAUGUUACAAUACAGCAAGAUAUGACAGUACAGUAUAGAGAGAUACAGUGCAAUGUGAUACAAUAUGAUAUAAUAUGAUACAAUUCUACAUGAUAAGAUAUGAUCUGCUACUAUGAAAUAUGAUAAGAUAUGAGUUAAUAAAUCAAGAUUCGAUGUGACAAAAUUUUUUGAGAAAUUAUUUGAUAAGAUGUGAUGCAAAACGGUAUGAUUCAGUACAAUAGGAUACAAUGCUACACUACACAAUAUGGUAGAAUUCACAAUAGUUUUAAUAAAUAAAACAAAUUAAUUAUAAAGUGUUAAAAACCAACGGAAGGCCACCACAAGCAAACAGGUCAACCAUAAAUCUCUGUGAUGCAACCAAACAACUUAAAGCUACUGUAAACUGGCCAUGAAACACAUUAAAAUUCAUGAUAAUGAUUCUUCUGCACCUAUCAAAGCAGACAAGACCAUCGGCUACAGGUGUCACAAUCCAUCAUGUAAGUUUAAAUGCCUUUAUCUUCUAUGAGUGAGUAGGUGUCCGGCCUACACACAAACACCAAAUGUUAAGAUUGUGUUUGCCUAAAGAUUUAUUUUGUUUAUCAGUUGUCCAAACUCCAGAUAUGUUUAAUUUUUAAUUAUAUACUGAAGAGAAGAAGCAACAAACGCUGCACUGAGGAGCUGUUUCAGGAGAUGUGUUCCUACACAAUUGCCUGAAAAAAUGAGGAAAAUGAGGAUAACAUCAUGUAGUUGCUUAUUAUUUUGUAGCCUGAGGGAUAACAGGUAUUUUUGGAGGUUGGUUAGGUAUUUGAGGGAAGGAAACACUUAUUUUGCCACGUAAUGAGUGAUAACAGCCCAAUUAUUUAUGAAUAAUUUUGUAGAUCUUAUUAAUUAAUUAUUGCUUUUCAAAAGUAAUUUUUUUAAAUAUUUUGUCCAUUUCCAUAAACUUAGAGACAAAGCGAGUAUUAACAAAAAUUUUAAAAGGUCUCCUGCAAGUCAAACAAUAUCCUCAGUUACGGAAAAAAAAAAAACCCAGAACAUUAAACUGAAAACAAAAGUGGUGAUAAAUAAACCCUCAUAUUCACUUCAAGAAAAUAUAACAUCAGCUGAAUUACACUAAUAAAUAAUAGAGUAAAAUGAAAUUCAUACUCAGCUACCUGAUUUUAAGGUUUUAAUUAGUAACCCAUAUAGCCACCUGUAAUACAAAAAACAGAUAAUUGGCCAAAUACUGAAUGUCAGCCUUUACUCUCAGCCAAGAAAGACCAAUAACCAGGCUUUACCUAGACUGUCUCAAACCUCAGAGGUCCAUUUCAGUGACUACAACAGUUGAAGUCACACCUAUUUGCACCAAUCACAUCAAGCAAUGCCUCGAAAAAUAGAAAACUUAAAGUGUACAUGUGAAUAAAACAGUUAUGUUACACUUCAAAAAAGUGAAAUUUUUCUGACGUGUAAUUUUUACAUAGGGAUAAGUAGGAAUCGACUCACUGUUGGUGCCAGCCUCUAGUGGUCAUCUAAGGAACUACAGUUUUUUGUGCUCAGGUUGUGGCUUAAUUUCCCAGCUUCCUGAUUACCACUGAGCAAUCUCCCAGUCACUUCUGGCUCUAAGUAAGACUUUUUUUUAAAUUCUCAAUUAUACUUUUGCUUAGAUACACAUUUGUGGACAUCCUGCGGGCGAUCCUGCUUUCACUGGAGUCCAUGAUUGAAGACCCUGAGCUGCAGGUCAACGGCUUCAUCCUCAUUAUUGACUGGAGUAACUUCACCUUCAAGCAGGCGUCCAAACUGACUCCCAGCAUGCUGCGGUUGGCCAUCGAGGGGCUGCAGGUAAGACGCUCUGAAACAUUUCCUGUUACAGCUACUCAGAGAUCAGCCGGAUUGUUGGUAUUGACUUGAAUGUCUUGAGUUUUGAGUUGUUUGUGUGCAUGCGUUGGAUGCUGUUAAUGUCUUCAUGUAUAAUGGUUACUUAUGGCUUGUCUGUUGUAAACUGAUGUGCUUCUGCUGUCUGAGGCUAGGCUCACAGAUUUACAUAUUUUCUCAACAUGAGAGGUGUUUUCUGAAUACUUCUUAGUCUACAUAAUAAUAGAAAAAUGGUUGAAAAUGGUCACAUCAGCAUGCCACGUCAGUAGGGGGUGAUAUUGAGUGUCAGUAUAACAUGUCAAACACCACAGAAGAACACUGUAUGCAAAUGUAUCAAGCACUUUGCUUCCUGAGUAAUCAGUGAUUGCACACCCCACUGUGUGCCAAGUGGCAAAUUAAAAACUAUCGAGCUUGAUGUAUUAAUUUGCCCCCAGCUGGGGUACGAUGACAAGGAACAGUACUGAUUAGACGUAAACAAACUGGGCACAUGCGCAUCACAUAUAAGCAACAACAGCCAUGCUUAAUUGAUGUGAUGAUACAGCAUUUUCCAGGGCUAUGAUUUUGCUCUGCCCCCCUAUAGUAGAGCUGGACAAACAGUACCCAUGUGUGCCUGAAAAGCCAAGGGACCGAAUGAACAUGACGUAAAAGAGAAGCUGCAGUGAUCCUGGGUGUGAAAAAGCAUUAAUGAACUAUACUUAAGUCCAUAUAAGUUUAAAAAAAGGUUUUAAAGUUGAAAACGUCCAAUCAUGAGUAAUCGUUUUAAUGAUUCUGACUAAAGUAUCAAUCAAAAUAAUCCUAAUGAUGGUUUUUGCCAUAAUCGUCACACAUAUAAUGACUUUUCCAAUACUUGAUAAAAUGUUCCUUUAAAUUCUGCAGUUUUGCUUUACCUUUGUUAGUUGUAUGAAAUUCUUGUUUCUUCUGAAAUGUGAAAAAACAACAACAGGAUGUCAGCUUCUCUCGCUGUUGUCAUCGGCUGAUGACUCAGAAAAACACUUUGAGAUUUUGCCUCAUGUUUUCUGAUCUUACAGAGCCAAUAUCUGACUUUAAAAAAAACCAAGAAAAUGCUUCUUAAUCUAUUUUGAAAUUUGUUUUUUGCUGCUUUUUAAUAACACCAUGACAAAUUUAUCAUCGACAGUACAAGCCUGCAAUCUUCCCCUCUAAUAAAUUCCUUUUUCUUGUAAAAGCCGAAGAAAAGGAGUCAAAACUUUGUCCUAAAUUGACUCUAAAUGACUCUCUUAUCUUCUGACAUGUGCAGAGUAAACCUUUAGCGCCUCUCUCAGCCUCUCUGCAGCCGUCAAAAUGCUCCACUUAAGAACAAAUCGAGCACCGUGUUGAAGCUGUGAGCUUAUUUAAAGAGCAAUGAAAAGGAAUAAUGACAUUUCCAGUCUGAUUUCACACCGCUGGGUGGUUCGUCAAGGCUCGUUGGGCAGGUAGAUGGUGCACAAAAAGAGAUUCUCAGUGGCUGUCUUUUUGGUUUUCUUUGUAAGGAGAGUUGGUGUUCUUGUUUAUUCCUGUGGAAGAUGGAAUUCAAAGGAAGGAUAUGAAUUAGGCAUCACUCCCUGGACUAAGAUCUGAAGGUUUUUACACAGAAGACACGUAUUAAAGAUCUAAGUCAUGAGGACACCUUCAGCGUCAUUUCACAAAUAAACAACGAGAGAAAAGAUUGAGGGGAGAACAGCUGUCCUCUGGUUGGCGGCCAAACCCAGAAGGAAACAUCUUUCUACUGUGUGUGUGUGUGUGUGUGUGUGUGUGUGUGUGUGUGUGUGUGUGUGUGUGUGUGUGUGUGUGUGUGUGUGUGUGUGUGUGUGUGCGUGUGUGUGUGUGUGUGUGUGUGUGGAGGGGGAGCUCUUAUUGCUUUCUCAACACUCUUGUGAAUCAUCUGCCAAUUUGUGUUGGGCUUCAUUAGUCAAAAUGAGCUCUAACAGGAAGUGUUUGUCAGAGUAAAGUGUUGAGUAAGAGGCAGCACCGUAGACUCCGAUUAUCUGAUUUCUUUGUGAUUGAUGCCCAACUGUCAAAGAGGCUGUCCUUGACUUAAAGACAGAAUACACAUCCUGAAUUUGAGCUUCAGAGGGACAAAUUAAGAUGAGAUAAACCUGACUCCUGAGAGCAAUAGAUAAAGUUGAAACUAAUAAGAUUUUACUGUUCAAAUUCAGUAUUGAAGAGAUCAUGUGUAAUGACUUGGUUUUUUAUGCUUACUAGAAUCUUUCUCAACACAGGGGAGGGUGGAACGACUCACUAUAUAGAAUGGAAUAAAAUAAGUUGUAUAGAGUAAAGUACAACUCAGUAGAAUUGUAAGAAAAGGGUGAAUAGAAUAGAAUAAAAAAAAACUACAUUAGUGCUGCGUUCCAGUUGUACUCAGAAGUCAGAAUUUCCGAGCUCCGAGUUGGAAAUUCAUCUGGAACGUUCCCCUGAAGUCAGAUUUCUGACUUGGAAAGUCGGACGAUCCUUGCCACCCCAACAAUCCAAGAUGGCAGCGCAGUGCAUCAACAGUAAUGAGUAACAGUAAAAGCUCUCAUAAUGUAUUAUUUAUUCGCACUUCUGUUUUGUUUUUUUGUGAAAUUAAAUAAGUGUUUUAUGUUGUGCUGCCCAACGUCUAACUGUGAACACAGUGCUAUGGUGUUUGUAGGAGUAAAGUACUGUGUUACGCAUUGUCUACAACUGGCAUAGCUAACAACAACUGACAACGGCUAAUGACAGCUGACAAUCGUAAACAACAGCUAACAACGGCUAAUGUAGGCGUCCAUCUUGGUUUUCCGACUUAUUAACUGGAAUGCCGUCAACUCGGGUAUAAUGUCAUUCCCAGCUCUGACAUCCGACUUCCGAGGUCACUGAACGCAGCAUAAGUAAAGUAAAGUGGAAUAGAGUAGAACAGAAAGAUUAAAAUAGAGUAGAAUAAAAAAGUUGAAUAGAACUGACAACAGUUACAUAAAGUAGAAUAGAAUGAAAUAGAACUGAAUAGAAAUAGUGGAAUACAAUAGAACAAAAAACAGCAAUAUAGUGUAGAACGGAAUGGAAUGGAAUUGAAUAGAAACGGUAAAUAGAAUGGAAUAGAAAACAGUAAUAUAAAGUAGCAUAAAAUUGAGUAGAACAGAAUAGAAAUAGUGGAAUAGAAUAAAAAUAGAAUACUUUACAUUGAAUAGAAUAAGUCAAAUUAAGUAGAACAGGAUAGAAUUGAAAGAGUUGAUCAACAUGGAACAGAACGAAGCAGAAUAAGUUGGACAGAAUAAAAUCAAAUAGGACAGAAUGAAAUACAAAAGAACAACCACAGGGGACUGUGGACCUUUAAUUAAAUCCCAUAUGCACAGUUAAACAAAAACUUAUUGAAUUAUAAUUAUAAGAAUAAAACUGAUGGAAAAAGAAGAUAAACCCACACAACUGUAAAAUUUUGCAAGGUAAUCUGAACAUAUAAAAUGAAUGCCUGAGUCACACCAUAGAAAUAAUGGUGAGAUUUAAGAAUAGCUCCUCAACAAUAUGUAAUAUAUAAAUAAAAUAUUCCCCCAUUGGCAGGAUGCUGAAAGCUUUUGACAGUCCUCCGCCUUCCUCCCAUCCUGUGAGCGUUCAUUUUCUGCAGUGUCAGCACAAAGUUAAGGUGGUUUGUUGGCAAGCAGAAUUUAAAAAAAAGUCUUCUCUUUACAAACUGAGGGAAUAACUUUAGAACAACUCUGAGCGAGUGCAUCACUGUGACGCGUCCAUAUAUAAGACAUCAGUGGCGGGUCUCCAGACACAGAUUAGAGGCUGAAUUAUUGAUGGGAGCUAUUUGCUGUGCCCUGAGUCAUUCAUGCAACAGCUCUGCAUCGAGGGUGGGAAAUAUAAGGAGGAAGCGUAAUGACAUGAUUGGAUUUUAUUCAACAAAUAAAAUGCGUUAAACACAUUACUGAGAUUAUUACGAAUGCAGUGAUAAAUUUUCACAGGUUUUUCUCCUGAUGCGAACAUGUAGAAAUUUAUGAGGGUGGUAAUGAUCCCUGUUUUCCUGAAUAACAACAAAUGAAUCCAAAAAAACGAAACCAGUUAUAAACAGAAGAUAUUGUUCACUUCUGUGGGGAUGAACACCAUGGUGUUGAGGAAAAAACAACAGUUUGUUACUCUGGGUAAUGAGGGUUUUCAUGAUGAACCCCUGAGUUGGUUUAUUUAUUUUAACAACAUCCUGAAUUUUUCUGAAGUUUACCCAACAACGUCAACCAACAUUGGGUAUAAAUGUCAACAAGAUGUCAGGCGUUGGUGUCAAACAGAAAAUGGGUUUUGCAGUUCAUCCUACUGGGUUGAACAACGAGCAGAAGUUUUGUUUUCAGGCUUUGGGUUUGGAAAUCUGCUGAACCUUUUCUUUGCAUCUACCAGGUGUCAGGUUAUGAAGUCAGCCAGAAUAUAUGGGCUUUUAUAUCAACCAAUUGUUCAGUUUGAACACCUAGCAAAUAUUGGAUUUCACAAGAACCAGACCCUGGGUUCUGUACCUAACUUUGGGUUAUCAUUUCAGACAUUUGAUAUUAAACUGGGUUUUAGUUUCUGUCUUUGUUUCUCCCAUCAAGCCAAUAAUGUCUGCCCUAUGUUGAGUUUUGACAUGAACGUGAUAAUUGGUUUUGUUGUCAGACAGAUAUUGUGUUUUGGUAUUGCGCAGAUGCAAAGCAGACAUUAGGUUUGGAUGGCAUCCCCAGUUUGGGUCCUGACUUCAAACUGACAUUGGAUUUUACUGGCCACUUAAUAUUCGUUUUGCUAUCAAACAGACGUUGGGUUUUGGUGUCAACCCAGCCCACAGGAAUUUGGUUUGAUGUCCAACAGACGCCCAAUAUUAGGGUCAAUAAAGUACCCAAUAAUCUGUUUACAGACCCGAAUGUGUCAUUUAAUCCACCUCUGGAAAAAGCCCACAUCAAGUUUUCCUUUUUUAUUGGAGAAUUUGAUUUUGUCUUCUCAGAACUUGCUCUGUAUGCUGUUUAGCUUGUCAGAUAUUUACCUGAAAAUGUCCAUACCAGGAUGUAAUGGGCUGACAGAACAUCAUGUCCUACAUUGAUGCAUGAGAGAGAGAAACUAUAUCAGCCUAACAGGGUUAGAAAUCCACAGAGCACAUUAUUCAUUCUGCAGUCAAAUAAACUAUUGGUCGCUUCCCCCCCCCCCAUCUCAGUAAUAAUAAUCAUCAGUAUGGACCCUAUAAUAAGAAAACUGGUAUGUACAUUAGAAAACUUUACAUCAGCAAUAAGCUACUGUUCAGCCCUCUGUACUGUACACUCACCGGCCACUUUAUUAGGUACACCUGUCCAACUGCUUGUUAACACUUAAUUUCUAAUCAGCCAAUCACAUGGCGGCAACUUAGUACAUUUAGGCAUGUAGACAUGGUCAAGACAAUCUCCUGCAGUUCAAACCGAGCAUCAGUAUGGGGAAGAAAGGUGAUUUGAGUGACUUUGAACGUGGCAUGGUUGUUGGUGCCAGAAGGGCUGGUCUGAGUAUUUCAGAAACUGCUGAUCUACUGGGAUUUUCACGCACAACCAUCUCUAGGGUUUACAGAGAAUGGUCCGAAAAAGAAAAAAUAUCCAGUGAGCGGCAGUUCUGUGGGCGGAAAUGCCUUGUUGAUGCCAGAGGUCAGAGGAGAAUGGCCAGACUGGUUCGAGCUGAUAGAAAGGCAACAGUGACUCAAAUAACCACCCGUUACAACCAAGGUAGGCAGAAGAGCAUCUCUGAACGCACAGUGCGUCGAACUUUGAGGCAGAUGGGCUACAGCAGCAGAAGACCACACCGGGUGCCACUCCUUUCAGCUAAGAACAGGAAACUGAGGCUACAAUUUGCACAAGCUCAUCGAAAUUGGACAAUAGAAGAUUGGAAAAACGUUGCCUGGUCUGAUGAGUCUCGAUUUCUGCUGCGACAUUCAGAUGGUAGGGUCAGAAUUUGGCGUCAACAACAUGAAAGCAUGGAUCCAUCCUGCCUUGUAUCAACGGUUCAGGCUGGUGGUGGUGGUGUCAUGGUGUGGGGAAUAUUUUCUUGGCACUCUUUUGGCCCCUUGGUACCAAUUGAGCAUCGUUGCAACGCCACAGCCUACCUGAGUAUUGUUGCUGACCAUGUCCAUCCCUUUAUGACCACAAUGUACCCAACUUCUGAUGGCUACUUUCAGCAGGAUAAUGCGCCAUGUCAUAAAGCUGGAAUCAUCUCAGACUGGUUUCUUGAACAUGACAAUGAGUUCACUGUACUCAAAUGGCCUCCACAGUCACCAGAUCUCAAUCCAAUAGAGCAUCUUUGGGAUGUGGUGGAACGGGAGAUUUGCAUCAUGGAUGUGCAGCCGACAAAUCUGCGGCAACUGUGUGAUGCCAUCAUGUCAAUAUGGACCAAGCUCUCUGAGGAAUGCUUCCAGCACCUUGUUGAAUCUAUGCCACGAAGAAUUGAGGCAGUUCUGAAGGUAAAAGGGGGUCCAACCCGUUACUAGCAUGGUGUACCUAAAAAAGUGGCCGGUGAGUGUAUAUGAGUGAAGUAAUGCUGAACCGUAGUCAUUCGUCACACACCAACACACACUGAGGUCUAAAUAUUGUUUAACUGCUUCAGUGAGUCACUUCAGUCUGAGCAGGUCUGCCUCUGAAGCAGAAAACCAGUAAGCGUUUAAGAGCAGCUGACUCACUUUUAACUGCAGGGCAAAGACAGAGAUUUUUCUGCAUGAGGGUUUGAUGUCGUUUGAUGGCUGAUUUACACUGAACGCAUCACUCAGUUAACUUCUGUCUGCAUCAGCAACUUCACAUCCUCCGCUCCACCGUCCUUUCUCUCUGUUUUCAAAGAUUUUCCUCACGGUGCAGGAUUAUCUGAUGUCUGAGGAGGUGACAGGAACUUGAUACAUUACUCUAGAAUUUUCUACCGUUAGAUGGAUCUCAUUGCAGCAAAUGACAUUUAAUGUUCACUGACAAUGUAGACGUGUAUUCAAGUUGCUUCUUGUCUGUUGUGGACUUUGGUCAUUUGGCUUAAAAUAGUUGACAUCAAACUUAAUUUCUGAGUUAAAUGUCUUCAUGCAUGUAAAAAAAGAAAAAUGGUGAAAAACAGCUACAUUUUACUCCUCUGACAGUUAUCUUACCCAUUCCCCUAGUUGUGCAAAUUUAGGUACAACCCCUGAAGUGAGCAUGAAUAACUAAUUAAGCCAACUUUUGAAACUUUGCUGUAAAAAAAAAAACAGUUCUUCAUGGUAGAGCUGGGCGAUAAACCUAAAAUGUACCAAUACCGAAAUUUGUUGUCAUUUUGCCCAUGUCUGUAUAUUCCGUGCCAAAACAUAAAUGAAUAAAAGUUGGUUUUGGAUGUGUGUAGGUAGGCUAUGGUCUCAUGUCCCUUUAAGACACUGUCCUAUGUCAGAGAUGUGACUCCACCCCAUCCAGUCCGUAACAAAGAAGGAAAGACAGGUGAGGAGAUGGAGGAUGGUUUGAAAGUUGGAGCGGCGGCUGAAGUAGACAAAGUUAAUGUGGGAGGGCGUGGGCAGCUUGUGGAGUAGUUAUUGAGGUGAACUGCUCAAUAAAUCGUGAUACUGAUUUGAGGCCAUAUCGCCCAGCCCUACUUCAUGGGUGUUAAUGGGGAUCCACUUGGCUUUUGCAGCCAGCCUCUAGUGGACACUCAAGGUACUGCAGCUUUGAUUUUUGACACCAGAUUUCGCAACCUGUUUCAAAACAUUAAAGUCGAUGUUAAAUGAUGCUAUGGUGUCAGCUUGUGCUGCAUUAUUGUGUCAUGUAGAGCUCACCAUUAGGCUGUCGCGAUUCUGUGGUAAUGUGCUGAGUAACUCUUUGUCAGCGUGUAAAAAAUACCAUGUAAGUUGAACAAAUCAAUGCUACUUGCCUUUAGAUGACUUCUUAUUGUCAUUCAAAUUGAGCCUGAUAAUGCCACUUAUCCUCAACAAGGAAAUGAGUGGGAUAAACCGCCUUGAAAUAGCAUAAAGACAUUAUUUCAUUGUCCGUUUGUCAAAGUAAAAUCCACCAUAAAUCCUCCAGUCUUCCUUCUUAUGACUCAUCUGCUCGCCUGUCUUUGUCUCCGUCAUGUCAAUGCUGCUCAAACUGCCUCAAUUGUGAUUACAUCUUUGUCAUGGCAACCCCUUACAGUGUUCAUUUUGAAGCAAAUACAAACAGCAUGUAGGCCACAUGCCUUGGGAUCCAAAUUUGUAGCACAGUAUGCUGCACAGAUCACAGCGGCAGAGAGGCUGUUAGUGUGGAUCCCUGAGAAGACGCACCACUUAUUUACAGCCCCAAACAGGGGAGUGUUGUUUUGUUUAUUGCUUUUCUUCAGAUUAUUUCGGGGUUAUUUCUGUGCAGACGAGAGGGAGUCUGGUAAUUUGGGGGCUUAGAGAUGGGAAAUGAUGUGUGGUAAAGGCCCCUGGGUUUUAUUCUCGGUACCUACAGCUGUUAGAAAGAAACAACGGCGUACUGACAGCUCUGGUUCUGUACUCUCCAGAGUAACAAUCUUUAAUUCAUUAUUUUUCGACUGCAAGUCAGAAAAGGUUCGCAGCAUAAUUACAUGACGGUUUGUCAGUAAGUUGAAAAGUUAUAUCCUAACAGAAAAAGAUGCAUGGUGGUUUGGGGUCCUUCUAGAAACAGUCUGUUUGAUGAGGUUUCACACUCAGUACGUUUACAUGACACUCAAGAAAACUGAUUAAGACCAAACAACUGAAGUGCAUGUAAACACCAUAGUCCAACUAUAAUCGGAGUCGGAGAACUCUGAUUAAGACACUCAGAUAAUGCGAUUUGAAUUCGAUUUUCGGGGAGGAGGACAUGUUCACGUUAAAAAUUCGAUUUUCUCAGCUUCGUGUAUGUGCAGACAAGGAAAGAAGUCUGAUUUGGCAAAAAAAAAAAAAAAAGAACUAUGAGCUUAGUCCGAUUAAGCUGUGCAUGUAAACACACUGACUGAGGGAAAGUUUGCAUGUUGGAGAGUUUUAGAAAGCAGUUUUCAUGGAUGCAGUUUCCGUCUUUCUUCAAAAACACAGCCGUCUGCUGACAGCCGCCAUGUGGGAAAUCAGACUGUGAAACACUCAGGACCACUGACCAAAACUCCUGACACUCCAGAAACACCACCAGUUGUCAAGCCAAGUCAAGUCAAGUUUAUUUGUAUAGCACAUUUCAGCAUCAGGGCAAUUCAAGGUGCUUUACAUGAAACAAGCAGGCAAAACAUUCAACACAAUUUGAAAAGUAAAAACAGCGUUAAAGACAUUUAACAAAUUAAAAGUUACAUUCAAAGCUAAAAUAAGGUUGGAGAUAAAAGAAGACAAAACUUAGAUUGGAGGGAGAGAAAAAAAAAGAUCAAGACAGGCAAAUGAAGGGUUGUUUGUCACAACCCUGCUACGGAUUCACCGAAAACUACAGCUGAUCCUGCAGAAAUGUGUCCAGUUCCUGGAAAAAGACAAAGUGAUGCUGAAUAUUACUGGAAGAUCCUUUAAAAUUGGGUUAAAAAUUUUUUGCUCACAUCAAGUAAAAGGAUUGUAAUUCACUUCCUGUCUGAAAACAGUGAAACAAACUGAAGUCUAUUAGUCAGCGAGGGAGUGGUUCAGCGUAUAUUCACGACUGUCUACGACCUCACAUCGACCCUCAGUGUUGUGCUGCUCUUAAUUUGCUGCCUGAGUGUUUGUGCAGCAGACAGGAUUGUCGGGGUUACACACAGUGCAGAAAAAAAGCUUCACUUAGCAGUUUUAUUCUCACUUUGCCUUGUGCUCUCAUAAAAGAGAUUAUAUGAAGGAGGUGAGACAGUGUGUCAUAAUCCUCCAGGAUUACAAUGUAAGAGAGGGAUUAAAGUUUCUCGUCUGCAGACCCUCUUUUAGCUUCUUUUAGAACAAGUUUGAAAGAAUAUUUUAACAGGAUUCAAAGAAAAAAAAAGACUCUGGUAAAGUAAAUUAAGCUUUGAGCAUGAAGAAGGAGUUUCUUUGAGUUCAGGAGUUCAAUAACUAACCAACUUUAAAAUUAUCAAGGCAGGAGAAGCAACGGCCGGUCUGCAGCUCACAACAUUUAUCAUUCUUUCUUAUCUGUGUGUUUUAUGUUUACAGCUCUGGACUUGAUCUCACAGUGAACUGAGGGAGUUUAUUUUAUGACGAGCUAAAAGAUCCUGAAGGUCUGCACAAUAUAACAUAGUUUUUUUAGGCAAGUCAGGCUCAAAAAGUUAACUUCUAAUUACAAAAAUCUCAUUAUUAAUUUACUUAAAAUUUGUUAGUAAAGUUGUUAUGAUCAAUUGUUGCUGCAACUGUUACCAAAUGUUCAGACUGCAGUGAUGUUCCUGAAUUCAUUUAGGAGAUAUUUCUGUAGAUACUGAGGUGGUUUCCUGUCUGAUCAGGCUGGUGUCUUCUGCAGCGUCCCGUGCUGUCUGCUGUGUCUCUGUGUCUGUGUAGUGAAUCACCUCAUUAAGGUGAUCUGUCACGGCUUGUCACCUCCUGACCUCAGAUCAGUUACCUGUCAGUCUGUAAUGAACGAGCCGUCAUGAAUCUCUGACAGUCAGCGGGCUGUGGAGCAGCAAACAGAGAGCGUCUGCACGUGUGUGUGUCCUAACAGUAAGAAGCUGGACUCCAGUGUGGUUUUGGUUUUGAAUCAUGUGAAAUGAAGCUUCAGGGAAACACUUGAUCUUCAUGUCACUCUCCUGUUCAUCAAUCUCACUCUGUCCCUUGGCUUUUCAGACACACUAACACUCCUCACUUCUCCUGCUCCUCUCCCUGCUCUCCCCUCUCACUCCUCCACCUUCUCCUUUCUCACUCCUCCUGCUCCUCUCCCUGCUCUCCUCCUCCUGCUCCUUCCUCACUCCUCCUCUCCCUGCUCUCCCCUCUCACUCCUCCUGCUCGUUUCCCUGCGCUCCUCUUUUUUCCUCGUGCUCUCCUACUUUUGCUCCUCUCUCACUCCUCCUUCUCUCCUAUCUCCUGCUCCUCUCCCUGCUCUGCUCCUCCUGCUCCUUUCUCACUCCUUCUGCAUGUCUGCUCUCCUCUUUCCUCCUCCUGCUCCCUCCCUGCUUUCCUCUCUCCUCCUCCUGCUCUCCUCUGUCCUCCUCCUCUCCUCCCUGCUCUCGUAACUCCUCCUGCUCCUCUUAUUGCUCUCCUCACUUGGCCUCUCCCUGCUCUCCUCUCUUCUACUCCUGCUCCUCUCUCACUCCUCUUGCUUCUCUCCCUGCUCUCCUCUCUUACUCCUCCUGCUCCUCUCCCUUCUCUCCUCUCUCCUCCUCCUGCUCUCCUCUGUCUUCCUCCUCCUCUCCCUGCUCUCCUUUUUUCUCCUCCUGCUCCUCCUCUUGCUCUCCUCUCUUCUCUUUCCUCCUGCUGCUUCUCCUCCUGCUCUCCUCUUUUCACCUAUAGCUGCAUAAUUGUUUGUCCCUUUUCUCACUUUGAUUGUUUCCUUUAUUUAAGUUUCAUCACUAGAAGAUAAAAUGCCCGUGAUAAUUUUGAGGUAAAAAUCUAGUAUCACGACAGCCUUAGUAAAAACUGUUAUAGUUUUAAUAGUCUCUCUUACUCCUCAUGUUUGUUGUUUUAAUUUGAAAAAAAGUCAAAAGGAAGAUGAUAUCAACCAGUAUCUUGACCCGCCCCCUCCUGUUCCUCUCCCUAAUUCCACUUUAACAUCAGGUUGUUACAUAAGAAGGUAAAAGAGAGAGAUUAAAAAUAUCAGACGCAUACAAACAGAAACCAGACGUCCUUUUCUGCUCUCACUUUCCUCCCUCUCCUCCUCCUCCUCCUCCUCCUCCUCAGUCCCCGCAGGCCUCCCCACCCUUCUCACUUUUGUUUUCUUGACCCUCCCCCCUCCUUUCUCUUUCUCGAACAACAUCAUCAUCCCCCCCUUCCCCCUCCUCUCCCCCUCUCACUCUCUCAGUCCAGUCACUCCAUCAUUGUUCAGCAGAGACAAUAAAGCCAGGCAGUUCAUCCAUGUCUUCAUCCGACACGCCGCAGCCUCUUGUUCAACUCUUUUGUUUAAAAUUAGCCCUGAAAUCAGCAGCUCUUAUACAUUAUUAUUCAUGAUUAUUGAUUAUUGGUGUCUAUAAAAACAUAGUACAGCUCAAAAGUUUGAAAAAUAACCAAAUCUCUCUUUUUUCUGUGUUUAUUCUCACCGUUUUCUCUCAUGAAAUCUAAAGAAAGCUUCCUCGUCUUCACCAUCAGCAGGUGAUGCAAUGAUACAAUGAGCUUCCUCGUACCCCACCUUCUCCUCCUCCUCCUCCUCUCCUUCCUUUGCCCUCCCCGGCUCCCCCCCUCGCUACAUCCCGCCCUCGCUGCGUUGCCACAGCAACAUGCCGGCCUGCCGCGCUAUCUGCUCUGCCCUCUCCUCCAGAUGGGCUCCCUUUUGUUGUGCGUCUGUGUGUGUUUGUGUCUCAGACAGAAACACAUUUCUCUCCAUCCCUCUCUCUUCCUUCUCCUCUUCCUCUUCCUCUUUCUUCUUCUUCUUCUCUUAAGACGCUCACAGGUGGAUGCACCAAAAGAAAAAAUACCACAAAUCUAGAAUAAGUGAUGCAUAAUUAAUGCUGUGACUGUCAGGAGGACAUUAAAAUUCAUCAUUCGAACAAAAGUGUUGCCGUAAAUAUUUACAGACUCUGAAAAACAAACAGUUCCUUGGCUUUUAGAGUCUUUUGUGAGCAUUUUGAUUCACUUUUCAGAUUCAACUGUAAUAUCCUGGUAGUUUUUACCACAUUAACAAUAAUAGUCUUUGACAUAUUUUUCAAAGUAAAAGCAUAAUAAACAAUCAAAACAGUUCAACAAAGGGCAAGCAAACAAUAAAUCAGAGUCAGAAAUACUUUAAUAAUCCCCAGGAGGAAACUGCUAUGUGUUAGAGUAACUCUAGUGCAAAUAAAGUAGAAAAGGGAGAUACAUAAUAGAUAAAAUAAGUAACAAGAAGUAAAAAUAGAGAGAUAAUAUACAAGUAUGUACACUAUAUACAAAACAAAAUAGUAAAAAAAGUAUAUAUAAUAGUAAAUCAGUAUGCAUAAAUAUCCAACAAUCCCUAAACCUGACAAAAAAAAUGAGAAUUAAUUAAAUCUACAAGAAUUAGUGAUAAAUAAAAAUAAUAACUAAAUCAAUCAAUCAAUUAAUCAAUCAAUAAAAUAGGCAGAUCAUAACAAUAGCAAGAUAAGGUAAGAUUUAGAAAUAACUAUAAUAACUAUUUAUUGUCCUUUUUUUAUUCAGAAAUCUGUAAGAAAUAAUAUUCUUAAGAGUUACAACAGAAUAUUCAGACCACAAUAAAGAAAAAAAAGUUUAAGAUAUUUUUGAGUCCAAAUCUUGAAAUGAAGGCUCACUAUUAUAUAUUUUUGUAUUUUCUUUAAGUCAGAGAAAAGUCAUUUUGUUAAAUAAAAUGUAGGCCAACAUCAUCCAAAGUUAAUUCUUGUAAAUUCUAAACUUUAUUCUCUGAUCACGUUUUCUUGUAUUGUUGCAACUUUAAUAUCAGAAAUUAACCUUUUUGCUCAAACCUCUUAUCUUUUUCAUCUUUAAUAUGAUGCUAUAUUCUUUUUCUCUUAUCAGUCUGACUGAAACUGAACAUAUAAAACACAUGUUUGAUUGCCCAGGUGUUCAUUAUGUGAUGGCAGGUAAAUGGGAGUUACACAGAUAUUUAAUAUGAUGUCUGUGUCUGGGAGUCAGUCAGAGAGAGGAACUGCUCUGUGGUAUUUAUUAUAUGAAGUCCACAAUGUGCAGUUUUUGUGCAGCUGUGUAGCUCUUUCUUGCACUACCUGCUUUCACCACGCCUAGUGCUCAGUUUGUGACUGUACAGCGGCUGUGAAGUAAAGACCUUCCUCUUCACCUAAUGGUCUCUUGUUGAUUUAAAUUGUCUUUUCAAUCAAACCUGCUCUUCGUGAGAUUUCUUUACAUAUUAAGUGUAUCCGCUGUGGUAUCAGCUCAUCUUUCUUUUCUGUUAAUAUUGUUAAAACAGAUGUCCUCUUCCUUAUUUAUAACAAAAUGUGAAACAGCUCUCCUCUGAAAAACCUGCACUUAUUCUUUAUACAUUUAUUCAUCAGUAGUAGCAUUUGUAACCCUUUUAAAGAGCUCGUAUAUCUUCAGAUAUUUAGACCACAUUAUCACGUACAGUAACACAGCUCCAGUCUGCUGUGCUCUCUCUGUGGACUCACUCUGCAUUAGCAUUAUUACAUAACACACAGACUGCUCCAGAAUAAGUGGGACUCCAGAGGAAACUGUGCCAACAAUGUCUGCAGAAAACACAAGAGAGAAUCUGACCUACUGUAUCUUAUUUUGAAAGUCUUCAAUGUGGAAAGUGUCACCUCACUAAUGACAAGCUGUGUCUGGUUUACUUCAGGAUUAUUUGGAUCUAUUGACGUCUAUGUCCUCAUGUAUAAUUAAUGGUAAAAGGUUUCUGAUCACCUUUUAGGGUUGGCCUGUUUUUUGUCGAAGGUAGUAAAACAAAGACAGCAGAUUCAUAAUAUGCUUUAAAUGGGAAGUAGUUGAAAGUGUAUGGGUUUAAGUGGACUUAACAGUAUUAAUGUGAGGUUUGCUGCUCUACAAGGUGUCCAUUAUCAGGAAUAAAAGGACGGCGUACACAGAAGAGUCGAUAAAUACAUGAUGAUGGACACCUUCGAGGCUGUUAUCCCACUUAUUUCUCAAUUUUAAUGUUUUUUACAGCCUUGAUCAAAAGUUUCCAACAAUGCAAAACUCUAGGCCUGAUUCUCAGAGGAGUGCAUGACAUUUAGAGCCUUUGAACCCAUGCUGAUGCAGCACAGACAUCUCAAAUUCAAUAAGCACAAUCAAAGGGUUUUAAUGUGCCACAAACCGCACUGCAGGGUGAAUAGCAUCAUUGUUUGCAUAUGUUCAAAAGUUAGAAUAUGCAUUUAUCUGAGGCAAAACAAGCUCCCUCUCUGUGCAAAUGAGCCUCGGAAACACACACCUGAGUGGUCUUUUAAUCUGAGCUGCACUUUAUUAGCUAACCUAGCUUGGUAUGAACACUAAAAUUGUUGUCAGAUCUGUCAGGGAUCAACUCUGAACCUGCUGGUGGGCAGGUUCAAGCUCCAGGUUGAGAGUGCAUAGUGCAGCCCUGCACAACAGAUGCUUACAGCUUAUCUCUGUGAUGCAAAACAAGAGCAAACUGCACAGAAACUUUGCAUCUUGAAAUAAACCUGUACAUGUAGUCUGUUAAUCCGGCUAUAAUGAUGAAUUGUUUUAAUACUCAGGGUUUAAAUCAGUGGUUAAAAAACAGACACAAAACACACGCUGCUCAUAGCUUCAAAACUCUGUGUGCUUGCUCCUGAGUAUUAUUUGUGCAGUAUGCUACGUCGGGAGAAAACUACGUGCUAUUUAUGGUGCUAAUAGCCGCUGUAAUCCCCUCACAGUUGAUUUCUCCCAUUUUUCAGCUCAUUUCCAUCUAGUAGAAGUUUUUGAUCAUGAAAAAGCUGCCCACUGCUGUGAAUGUUAACCAAUGUGACAAUGAAAUAAAUUCCUGGUCUGUUUGGCUCACACAAUUUUUUAGCUCAGCUGGUCGCCUGAAAGCUGAUUAGCUAGCUUGUUUACAUCCUUCUGGCUUCAUUCUGGACAAAAACUGUACAAUUUCCAGUCUGGUUUUAAAUCUCUUCCUCUCAGCUUUAGGCUCGAAGGCUUCAUGUUUGCUGCUACGAUUCAGAUUGGUAACAGUUUGUAGAAGUUUUCUCCUUUCUACGUCAGAUUUCCUCUAUGCUAAUAUCAAAUCAAUCACAGAGAUUUGGAUAUGAUAAUAAUCAAUUCCUGUUUUCUGUGUGGCCUGUAAACACGGCAUGUCACUGGUUUGUUGUGAGUAAACAAUGUACCAGGUUACAAGCCCUGCAGUUUUGAUUCUGACUGUGUCCCGUCCACUGUUUAUCUUGUCUCUGCUGCGUUUGUCCGUCUGAAUGUUCCCUCUCUCCAAUAACAAAGAUCACAUGCAGGUCCGACUGAUCGAGCUUUAAAAGAAGCUCCCAGCAGCUGAGAUUUUCUCUGCCAAUAUUCAAGAUCUGCUCGUUUCAGGGUUUUUUCCGCUUGUGUCCUCAUCAGAAACCAGUGGCUUUGGUCGGGUUUUGUUUGAUGCUCUGCUGCAGAAUCUCUCUGGAGGGACUUAGUGGUUGGAUUUUUGAUGGCUGCUGUUUGAAUUCUGCCUUCUACCAGUAACAUUUCAGAAAUAUGCCUCUGUACCCGGCUCAAAGUAGACUCUACAACUCUGUAAAUACACAAGCUGUCAUGUUCAGAUCUCUGUUUGUGUACACAGUCAGCAAAUGUUACUUCAUUCUUGGUUUUUAAAUAUUCAUGGGCUGCAAAAUACUCAAAGAGUUCAGGUGCAGAGUAGUCUAAAAUGUUUUAAUGUAAUAUUCACAGAUUUCUUUGACUUUAUGAUGUUUGAUGUUAUUUGUCCCACUCAGGAGCUUCAAGAAUUAAACAGAAAAGAAACAGGAGGCAUUGUCCAAAUUAGUCCUGUGUCCCAGCCCCUCUGCUCCCCUCUGUGUCUGUUUGGCUGGAAGACAAAAUCUGUCGAGCCCCAGCCAAAAUCUGGAAGCUUAGGUCAACUGCACCAAACACACACAUGUACGCGUACACGUGCACAUACACGUACACACACACGCAGAGGAUGAACACUCAGACUCAGACUCAGGGCAGCAAGCUGGCAGUGUGUCAGAGGAUCCUGAAAAAAAGAGAGUUUUAACAUGUUAGUGAGAUAUACUGCAAACAAACCCCAGAACAAAACCAACAAAGAUAGAGUUCAUUAUACCUCCAUAUGCAGCUGAGUCUCAGAGUACUUCACAGCUAAGGUGAGUAAAGGACUCUGCAAGCUGAUUGAAUAAAGUAUCAAUUACUGAGUGCUUGUAAAGAUGGACAAUGUUUCUGUGAAGCUAAAGUGAAGCCAAAGCCCCUCCUCUUCUCUGCUUUAAAUGUCGCAAUGGAAAUGACUUUGAGCCACACGGAGACUUCCACUCUAGAGUCAAGUCUGUUUUGAACGCAGUAUGGCACAGGGGCCCAAAGAUCAAAUGAGAUAAUGAGAUCAUGGAGUGUAGAUGAUAAAAUCUUCAAGUUCUUUGCAACUUUAUGCCGAGAAACAUUACCCUGAAACUGAUGAUGUGUUUGCUCACGCAGUCUCUCACAGUGAAAUUAUUUGACAAAUUAUUCAUUGUUUGGUUUUUAUAGUUUGACCAAUGUUCCAUCUGUUCACAUGACGUAAACAUGUCUUCUAGUAAGCUUGAGGUGAGGUUUUUGAACAGAUAGCCAGUAGGAAGAGCUCCAAAUACAGUCUGUGGUACAGAUUAGAAAUGGAGAAAUAAACUGGCCAUAUGGCCUCAAAUCAAUAUCACGAUAUAUUGAGCAGUUCACCUCGAUAACAAUACAUGGACGAUUUUUGUUUGCAGGCUCUCAAAAGCCAAAAAGUUAAACUGAAUAAUCCAAUUGUGAUUUUUUUUUUGCUUUUGCACUUGUUGUGACUCUUGCAAAUGUUUUCGACCCUGCAACUAAGCCCUUAUUAUCUUUAGCUGACAUAUAUUUAGCAAUGGUCUGUUAACAUCAAUGUAUGUCUAAAGGUAAAUGGAGUAAAAUGGUGCAUUUCCAUGAAAGCAACAUCUGAUCAUGGGGUAAAUACAUCGCAAAAUGCAUAAAACUCAUGCUGGAUUUAAAAAAAAGCAUCGUGAACAAAAACUUGAAGUUACUCCCAACUGUUCGGCCUGUAAUGGCCUUGCUUCCAAACUUUUGGCCUGUAGUGUAUAUUGAAAAGCUUUGUAUCAUAUCAGCCUCGGACUGCUGCUCAGCCCCAGUAUGAAUAUUUAUUUCCACACGUAUUUAAAUGUAUAUCUGAGCUGAAGAAGGAUCUAAUCUCCCUCUUCCUCUCCUCUCUCAGAGCUCCUGGUGAAGUUGGUGGUAUUUUAAUAUCCUGCAGCGGCUGCAGUUUAAUUGCUGUGACCUUACCGCGCAGCAUGAAUCUAAAAGAGUAAAGAAAAUGUAAGCUUAGCUUUGAUACCUAAGAUAAAGGAAAGAUGUUUUAUCAAAUCCUUACACCAGGAGUGAGUUAUGGUCAGGAAUUACCCCAAAGACGACACUGAUUAUUAAUCUGACUAAAACUGAUAUAGAGCCAGUGUUCUCUGUUUUAUUUCGUCAGUGUUUUCUCUGAUUUAAUUUGCUCUCAUUUGGCAUUUUUUACCUGGUAAAACAGUCUGAGUGGCCAUAACAGGAGCUUCACAACCGAAACAUUCGUGCUUGAUGCUCCUCUGCACUUCAAAAAGGCUUGAUGUGAACUUCAAAAGAUGAAAUUUGACUUUGAGUGUGAACCAGUUUCCCUGCAGUCAGACAUUUUGGCAUGAAUCUAAGCACACCGGGUUAGAGUUUUUAUGAUUAGAGAGGUUCGAGGUGAGCUGAGAACAUGAGGGCCUCACGGGCUGGGGGAGCUAAAUGUGGAACCAGGAAGAGGAGCAGCACAGUGCAUAAACAAGAUGGUUAUAUUUGAUACAUUGCUUUUUUUAUUUAAAGGAAGCGCACAAACGGGGCAAAGGAUUCGUUCUGCAUUGGAAAAAGUUCUAAAAUUAGAAGCGAUAUACAUGACACGCAUUUUUUCUUCAACUCAGAGAUUCCUGCACUCAAAAGCUGGAGCUCCUGUUCAGUCAGUGUUAGGGCUGGUGUGGGCUGUCAUGACCCUAUUCAAGGUCACAUUGCAUUUUGAUUGGUCACUUCCCAUUCAAGAGGAGUGAUGGAGCAACAGAGUUUCGGAGUGCAGGGAAGUUGUGGUAUAAUCCUAAUCAUUAAAUAUUGAAGAUGCAGGCUUGAAAACAGGAAGAGGCGGAUGCUGGAGUAAACGAAUGGAUGACAAACUGCAGAGGAAUUAGAGAGGAAACCAAUUUUUGAGCAUUUGUCCUUCAAAAAAGUAAACUAAAGGUUAAUUUUUGGCUUUUUCAUAUUUCCGCCAAAGGAGAUGAGUGCAGCAGCUCUGCUUUCAUAAGACUCUGUUGAUUCAGCCUCUUUUUGAAGUUCAGUCAGCUCAUAAAGGUGCUUUUGGUGAAGAGCAGGCCGGCAGCAAAACAAUGCCGUCACUCUAGGCUACACUUUAUGUCUGAGAAGAGGAAAAGAAAAGACACGGAAAUGGAGGUCAUCUUUUUCUUCCUGAACUCACUUUUUGCCCCCCUUUGACCGGAGGACACGUUUACUCACGGUGCUGUGGAUGUGAAGUGACAGGAGCAGAGCGGAGGAGAGGGGCUCAUCAACCUGAUGUGCUGCACAAAGACUGAAAAGCGAGAAUGCAGAGAGGAAGGACGGACCACCACAGUUUCAGACGGACGCAGACGCGUGUCAGAUGUUAUAACAUCAGCUACUUGCUGGCGAACUCCUCAUAGAGGGACAAAAAUGUCAAAAGUUAAAGAUUUGUCUGUAGGUUUUUUUAAGUCACACGCUCAAAGAGUGUCUGAAAAUUUGAUUUAUUCAGUUUGAAAAGCUCCUUGUAACAGUCACAGCUGAACAUUUAACAGAGCCUGACACAACUCUGAACAGAAACAACGAGUGUGAGGAACUUUGGGCUUUAGUAUUUAGAGAGUUGAUUCACUUUCUUGAUGUUUUUGUAACCUGGGAUUCCCCGUAACUUUCUAGAAACAACAUCAUUUUUGUAAUGGAUUGUUUUGGAUUUGUUACAAAUAAAUGUUAAUCAUCAGCAUAAAAAGAAACUUAAUGCUCUCCCCUCACCAUCGUAGCCCUUUGUUGAGCAAUAAUCGAAAGCUCAUUUGCUGCAACUAUGUUGUAGUAAAGAAACAAGUCCAUUAUUUCCACUGUUGAAAGGCUCAAAAACCUAAUUUCAGAAACCUGUGAGUAACCAUCCAUGUUUUACACUCUCUACACUGAAGACUGUAAACCUCAUAAGUCAGUGCCAAAGUUGGGUCAAGUCUGGCCCUCUUUAUCUGGGUGAAUCUGUUUCUCAUGAUCGGGCUCCUUACUUCUUCUGUUGGUGCCACAGCUGCUCGUUCGGUAGACUAAAUAAUGAAUGAUCAUCCAGUGACUCACACAUUUCCACUCUGUACAUCUUGAUGUUUCUCUUUGGAAACAGGACGGCGUCUCUCCAUCCUCCCUUCUUUUUCCUUGUUUAUCCCGACAGAUUCUUUCUGCUGCACUUUGACUUCAGCGUCUAAUGGAUUUGUUCUUUACGUUCCAGUUAAAUAUAUUUACAACCUAAUUGGUUUUAUCUUGUUAUUUGUUAAUGUGGGCAAUUAAAGCAUUUGAUGGCUUUUGGCAGUGUUGGUUAAUGUGUGUUAAUCAGAGGUGUUUUUUGGCCGAUAAAUCCGGUGCUGACUCACAGCACCCCAUUGUACCUUUAUGAGCCAGAUCUCAUUUAAAUCCAUUACCUUGGUUUGUAGAUCACAAACUGCUCUGGGUGUUUUUAGGCAGAUCCACAAAUGCAUGUGCAUUUGAUUUCCACAUCAAAUCUUCUAGAAUUAAAUGGGGAGAUAUUUUGAUGGUUGGUUUUAAGUUUUGAAGAGGCGUCAAAGCACUUCAAGGUUUCAGCAAAUGGUAGCAAGGUAUGGUACAGAGGAGAUAGUCCAGUAGAUAAAGCAGGAAAUAGGUAGGAAAUGGAAUUGAACCUGGUCCAGGAUUAGUCAGCAGACACCCUUUAAUUGCCUCAUUGCUUGACCCGUCCUUGCGUUUCUGCCUCCUCUUCGCUCUUUACCCUACAUCACCUGGCUUCCUCUUGUGUUUUUCUCUCGUAAAAACUGCUGUUGCUUCUUGGCAUGGCAGCCUGGUAAAUAAGGGAAGUCAAACUUAACUGCCUGCUGGAGUCCAGAGGGUAGAGUCAGGCCAUAUCAACUCAUGUUAAUGCUUUUUAUGGUAACUGAUGCGGUGGGUUUAUGAGAUCACAUUAAAUGAACUGUCUGAUAAAACCAAAACUGUGAGCCACGGAUGGACUGAGCUCCAAGAAUAAACACUCAGAUUUUAGUGUGCAUGGGUAACAGAAGCCAAACUGACAACAUAAAUAUGUAAAUAGGAUUUUGAUAUGAUUUGAACUCGUUAUUCUGUCAGACUCACACACUGACCCACUCCUGUCAAGUUCUGUCUUGACUUUUAGAGUCAGAAUGGCAUAAAUAUCCCAAAUUCUUACUGAUUGUGAUACUAAAAACAUGAAUGUUGAGGACUCUAUCAUUGUAAAAACACAGUGCUUUAAUUACUGUACAUUUGAGAUCAAAACUUGGGGGGCGUUUUUCUGCUUUAUUUCACCCCAGGGGUGUAUGAUUUUGAAUUAAGAGUCUUUUCAUUUCUGCUGAAGAUACAGGACCCUCACAGCAUGAUUGGCAGCUUCCUUAUUGCGUCUCAGCCUUAAAUGGCUCCUGGUCAGAUUAAGAGGGGAAUCUACAGCAGUACUCAGUGCCACAAAGCAGUAGGUGGCUGCCAUUUUUCUACAGCUAAGUAAGCCAUAAAGAGAAAAUCACUCUUAAUGUGUUUAUCCUCUUCAGGGACGCCACUAAGUCCCAGGAGUGGGAGGUGAGAGAGAAAGCAACGGAGAGGUUUCAGGGCAGAAACUUUCAAAACGCCAGAGACUACUCGGUCCCACACGUUGUCCUGCAGAUGUUGACAGACUGUUUGUCUGUCACCUUGAAUUCUCUUCAACCUUUAACUGUAACCGAACACGCUCUGCAGCGACCUGCAGAGAGAAGACGAAAAUAUGAACCCCCCACAGUCAUUCAUUUGUUUGGGAUCGACUUUUGCCUCUAGACGCCAAAAGUCAAAGAAAGAGCUGACUCGGUUUGGAGAGCCAGGUGCCUGGAACUGGCAGGAUACUUAAGAUCUGAGCUGCUUACCCUUCAGAUAUUCUCCAGACUUCAACAAAAUUACUUUAAAAUAUUUGUCGAAGUCAUCAGUACUGAUUUUCUUUUUUCUAGCAAUCACUGUCGCAGGUUUUGGCAGUCAUACUUAGCUUCUGCUCCGCAUGUUUUUAAUGACUUUAAAUACUUUUCUUCCAAGUUGAAAAUUAAAAUAUUGUACAAAAACAAUAAUAUUACAAAAGCAGAUCAUUCAGAGUUAUUUGGAAUAAGACAGUUGCUAGAUCUCUGCAAUUAACCGCCAAGUAAGCUGGUUAGGAGAGUUUGUAGCCUGGUUUUGUAAUUGUCAGUUAUAUUUUUGUGUCAUAUAUUUUAUAUGUCAUAUAUAUAUGAAAUAAAUAUCUCCAUUGUGCUUUGUAUGCAUACUUAUAAUAUAGGUGCAUCCAAAGGGAGAAAAAAUGGGGACCUAAGCAUGAGCCCUGAGGAACGCCACAACUGGGAAAAGUUGGGGAUAACAAGGAGUCCACUUAACUUUCUAUUACUUUGAUUUUUAAGGGAAAAGGGGAAACAUUUGCUAUAAUUAAAAUCUCAAAAACCUGGAAUGGUAUACGUGGAGCACAAAUACAAAACAGAACUAUAAGCUGCAAUUCAUUAACAUGUAGGGUAAUUAUCUUUUAUGGACAGCUUUAGAAAAAGUUUUUUUGACAGAUGGAAAGAGUGGCGUAUUUGAUUACAUUUACAUCGCUGUUCUCUGUUUCAGUAAUUUUUCAGUCAUUUCAUCUCUGGUGCUUGGUAAACCUGAUCUUAAGUUUUGAUUGGCAGAUACAAUUGUGUGUUGUAAGCAUAGAAAUCAACUUGAGUAAAUGACAGUGUGUCAAAUAAUGUCACUCAGAUGGAGAAUGUAAUGGCAGAAAGAGAGGGGAACAAAGCCUGAGCCCUGAGGGACGCCAUAAAUGUCACUUGACCUUAUAUAAUGUUUCCAAUUAUGUCAACAAGAGUGAGUGUGCAAAGGGAGAGAAGAACUAAGUGUACUUUUUUUCACAGUAGCCUCACGUGCUCACUGUAUGGGGUACAUAUAAAGUAUCUAACCUUUGCUUUAAGAAUAAUCUGAACUUUUAAAACAACAACAACAAAAUUCUACUUCCUCUUCCUGGAACCCUUUCUGCUUUUGAACAUCUUUGACUUCUUCCUGGAUCUCUGUUAUCUCAUCUGAGUCUUACUUCCUCUGUUUGAACUCUGCUUUUACCUUCCACACUCCCUUUGGACAUCACUGGAGUAAGAGCACAUCAAACCUUUACCUCCUGUUUCUUCUUCUCCUCCUCCGGUCCCUCUGGCGCUGCAGAGACCCUGCAGUUCAAAUUCCAUUUUUGGUGUUUCAUGCAUUAUGCAGCAGGUCUCUUCAUCAAAGAGAAAAUGUGUGUCAGAGCGAAGGACGGGCCAGAGGUCCAGAGUCGGACUGAUCUGACUGCUGAGGGGGGAGGGGCGCUUUGACCGGGCUUCAGCUGAAAUAAGACUGUGCUGUUUGUACUGGAUUUGAAGGCUGUUCAUUCAGCAGAUAUUUCAGAGCAAUAUAUUUUUUUAUCUUUUACUAGAUUCCCAGACUUAAUACAGGAUGUUUUAGAUUAUGAUAGGAGGAUGUAUUUGUUUGGAUUAAGGGCAGUAGUUAAAAUCAGCUGUAAUAGACUAAAAAAAGCCUUUACUGUGUUGUAGGUUUUGGCUGCUUUGUGACUGUUUUUGUCAGUUUGGUUGAUGUCAUUUGGUCCCUCAUAAGUUCUUUUGCACUGUUCCCCACUGCACUGUCAAUGAAACGAGAGUAAUGAUAAAAUUGUUCUCCAUGACGUUUACCGAUGGAAAUGGAAACUAACUUCUUCGAGUUUCCAUUUGGGAUUAAUCGCUAUUGUUAACCAUUUUUUCACAUCUUACAAGUAUGGCUGCAGAUGUCCCUCUUGCUCGAAGUAUUGGUAGAAGAAAUUACAAUGUGCAGGGCAAAGCCAAAUCUAUAUUUACUAACCUGACCUGACCUCAGGGACUCGCAGUCUCUCUGUCGCCUCUGAACACUGAGGACAGUUUUUUAUAAACGCCCGCCCUGAGCCUUUUUCAUCAGCUAGCUCUGUUAUGUCACAACAUGAUUUUAUACCACUGGACCACAGCCAAAAUAUGACUCACAUACACAAUCGCAGUGGAGUGUAAUUAUCAUAAUUGUGUCCAGCGUUCGAGGAAACACAGUGUCAGGCCCAGACGACACACUCUAACCUGCAGGAACAAGGACUCAUCUCCCUCGGGCUUUGGAGCCGCGCUGACUCCAAAAUAGACCCAACCAUUUCCUAUUGACGAUGAGAUUAGAGCCCAUUUACAGAACUAAUCUAAUGCAAAGGGACGGGAAACUCACAGAGGUAAUUUUUCAUUUGCUGGAAGUCAAAGCAGACUGAAAAAAAUCCUCCUGACUGGGACUAGCACUUUGUUUUAAGAGCUACAAUCAUUGCAUUAACUAUCUGAAUCAUCAGGUUCAAAAAUACGUCAUAUUCAGUGAUACAUGUUCAGUUUUUAUCUCUCAUGAUGCCCGCUCUUUAUGCCUGCUAAACCCAAGGGAUGAAUGAUAAACUGGACUUUCAUUUACCCAUUUCGCAUUGCUUCUUCUCCCAACAGGACAGUUUUCCUGCCAGGUUUGGAGGGAUCCACUUUGUGAACCAGCCCUGGUACAUCCACGCUCUCUACACCGUGAUACGACCCUUCCUCAAAGACAAGACCAGGAAGAGGGUAUGCCAGCUUUUUGGUGUAUGAUUCCCUUUAUCAAAGCUUUGAAAAUCAUUGAGGUUUCUGACAAGGUUCUUAUUCUGGAUUUUAAAUGUAAUCAUUCAUCGUGCCAGAUACCAAGAUAUUUUGAACUACAGUAUCAUCUGUUCUGUAGAUAGCUGCGGACUGCUAAAAUCAAUAUCUCCUGCUCUGAAGAAAAGCAUAAAUUGAGUUUGCUUGUGCUAAGUACCACUCUAAAACUAAAACAUAACUGUAACUUCUCAACAGCAAGUUGUAUAGAGUUGUAUAGCAAGUUGUCAUCUGCAUAAAGAUAGAUGUUGUGGUCAGUAACAGAGGAGACAAUGCUAUUCAUAUAGAUGGAAAUUAAAACAGGUCCCAAGACUGAUCCUUGUGGAACACCUUUUGUUAUUUGUAGAAGCUCCGGUUGAAUAUUCCCUACUUUCACACACUGACACCUGCCUCUCAAACUAUUUGCAAGCAAUAAACUCAAGGCAGCCAAUUAAGGAUUCUGAAUGGGAAGUUCACGUUCAACAGUUUAAAAAACUUUCUGAUAGGUUAAUAAAAACAGCAACACAAGGCUUCUUCUUGUCAGGGCCAGUGCACAUAGGUCUGAAACCAGACUGAUGAGGGCUGUGGAUGGAAUUUUUAAGACUUUAGGUUAGUUAUUUAUCAUAGAUUUGGGAUUUUUUGCCACACAGGGUAGUUUGGAUGUUGGCUGAUAAUAAUGAAAACUCACUUUAUUUAUCCUUUUCCCAUGCAGAUUUUCAUGCACGGUAACAACCUGAACAGCCUCCACCAGCUGAUCCAUCCUGAGAUCCUGCCGUCAGAACUCGGCGGGAUGAUGCCGCCGUAUGAUAUGGGAACGUGGGCGCGGACACUGCUGGACCAUGCCUACGACGAGGAGACAGACUACUGUCCGGAGUCUUACACCCUGUCGGUACAAGACCUGGAGAGAGACCUUGAGAAAAACCUGUCCCCUAAAACCAUGAAGAGGUUAGCUUAUAAUGUUUCGCUUUCUAUAUCCAUCUCUGAUUUCAUACAGUUCUAAUUCCUUUAUUUUUAUGCUUUAAAGAACAAGUUGGAAAACUUCUGACAGGCGUCUGAAUGGAAACGUACUGUAUGGUGGCUGACAAGGGCAGAUUAUCCACUCUGACCUGAUCGAUUGUCAGUUGGAGAAAAGUGCUGCAAAUGCAGAAGCGAUGCAAAUUCAAGAAUUCUUGCAUAAGUUAAAAACAAAUGCAACAACAGACAUGCCCCACAAUGAAAAAACUAACGAGCUGCAAAGAGCUGAAAAAAAAAAACUACAGCUAAGGCUCUGCAAAAACAUGAUGCAUUUAAUUAAAUUAUUAUGGUACAUUUUUUGUAAAUACAAUGCAAUAUGAUAAGAUAAGAUCCAGUAUGGUAUGAUGUGAGACAAUAUGACAUAUAUCAUAUGUUACUGCAUUCACUGAGCAAAAGUAAUGUGUGGACCCUUAAAUCUGACUGACAGCUGAUUGAGUAGGAGUCAGCUGAUGCAAUCAUAACUAAGAGAUGGCGUUUAUUGUGAUGCUCCAGAGAAAAUGGCGUCUCAUUUUUUUUGUCCCCUAUUGUUUCUUGCAUCUCUCCUUGUGUCUCUGAUGGGAGGAACUAACAUGCAAAGACGCUGUUUUAAAGUUUGCAUUUUUAAUUAUUACUAUACUUUCACAACACCUAACAAAAAGUAAACCAAUUAAUGCUCUUAAAAAAAAACCUUCCUGGUGUAAUGAUUGUGCUCUUGGACAUGGAUUCACGAGGAAGACUCUGUCUUGGUGUCUCUCUUCUCAGUCGGGGUGUCUUUUUUAAAAUGACGCUGAGAGCAUGUUUGACAUUUCAAAGAGUAUCAUCCCCCUAUAGGCCUUGAUACAGCGUGAUUCAGAGUGACAGAAAUCCCCCCAACACUGUGUGACACCAGCUGACUCACUAAGAGACAUUUAGACUGUGGAGGACAGACAACAAUAAGAGCUGAAACUGCAGACUGUCACUGCAGAUCAACAAGACUGUCCUGAUAAUUAUUAGCUCAUCAUUAUAACAGCUAUAUAAGUUUUACACUUGAAAAAUAAGGAAAACAUCAUGUACUGUAUCAUUCAGCGUCACAAACAGGUAACAGGACAAAGCAUCAUAUAAUUAUUGUCAAACUGCAGGAAAUCUUGUUUUCUCCACACCAAUGGAUGUUUGUAUGGAAGAUCUUGCUUGUGCCAGGGUUUUGUUUUUCAUUAAUGUUACUUGUCAUUGAGGUGUGACAUUCUUAAGGCAUUUCAGAUGCAUGUAGAGAAUAAAGAGGAAAGGACCAAGGAUUGAACCCUGGGGGAUGCCCUGGGAUAGAAACGCAGUGCAAGAGAAAAAUGGUUAAACACUUUAAAACUGAUGUUCCAAUCAUUUUUACCAUAUGUACCUGUUUCUUUGACCUGUUUUUGUUCAGCCCUGUAACCAAAGAUCUACUGGAAAUGACUUGCUUUCCAAAUUUAAUAUAAAAGCAGGAUUUUAUGAUACAGGGAAUAAAGCAACCGUAACACAGGGCAGGAAAAAAGUCAGGAUAGGAGCAUCUGAAAUGAUAAUUUUUGAAGACAUCUCUAGAGGUCUAGAGGAGUUUCUGUCACUGGUCUGGUGAUGCUGAUAAAACUUCAAACAGCAUUAGAAAUGAUGAUAUGUAAGCUAGUAGGGGAGCACCGAUCACAAUUUUCUGGACGAUCACCGAUCUUUAAAAAUCUUGAUCUGCCGAUACCGAUUUUGGCCAAUACCGAUUUUUAUUUUAUAACCGACAAUAUACACCUUCAGUGCUCCAAUCUUAUUUUAAUGAAAAACUUUGAACAAUACUUGUGAAACAAUACAAACUAUUUGUGUUUGUUUGAACUGCAUAUUAAAUAAUAAUCUACAGGACAAACUAACAACACAACUUAAACCAGCAAUAAACUGUCCUGAGUUUUAGGUUUUCUUGUAUUGGGUUCAACAUUCUUGGUUGCUCUGGGUGACUGUUGUGUGUGACGCUGGCGCUGACACACGUGAGCUGGUGGGCGGGCCUGUUAUUUUGGCAAAGCAAAAAGCUACAACAGCUCACUUUCAGACCUUUGCUGAGGUAGAUAAGAUUGGUGGAUAAAAUCGGUUUCACGUGUAAGGAUCAGCUGAUCACCAAUCCCCCAAAAUUGAGGAAAUCGGCCAGCUGAUCGAUCGGUGCACGUUUAUAAAUUAGUCACGUGUGUUCAUAAGGUCAAGUGUCACUCCCCCCCUUUUUUGACUGAUUGUGUUUUUGGUCUAAGAACAGCAGGUCUGACCAGGUUUAUCUUAAAAUUGGAGUUCAGAGGAACCCCUUGCGCAUUGAUACUGAUAAAACUGACAUCUGUUUUAUUGCAGGUCUCAGUCGGUGGUGGAGCCCGGCGUCCUGAAACGACCAGACAAAGUAAAGAGCGAAGAGGACAACAUGCAGCCGCUGCUGUCGCUGGACUAAACCACACACUGAACAACAGCUUCAAAGCUUACUGGAGUCAAUAUUUAAACACACAAACACAUUGAUUUACCUGUGCACAGACUCUACCUGACAUGUGCGCUCUGACAACUCCUUCCUGCUGAAAGUGCGGCUGUUGUUUGAACUCCAGGAAAUCAAAACGAGUCAGUACAAAGCAAGCAGAAAGACAGAGACGGCAAACUAAGAGCUACUGAUGGUGUUCUAUAUAUUUAUUUAUUUAGCUAUUUGUCAAGUGCCAAUUUCAGAAACUGUAAAUCAAAGUCUUUGAACCCUCCAGCCUGUCGUUGUGAAGCAGGGAUGAAGAACACAUGCAAAGGGACGGAGACAUGAAGGCGCCACAUGCGGUGUUUCCUACAGCUGUACAGUAUACGAAAGACUGGAAACCAUUUCAGAGAGAGUCCGGACUCACGGCUCUCCAAGCUGCAGUUCUUUUCUUCUUCUUUGUACAGUUAUAUAAACUAAACAGCGUAUGGGUGAGAAGCGCGGCUCAGGAUCAGCAGACAUGACAAUGACAAGUUUGUUCCACCUCUUGGACGCAAAAAAAACGGACAGGCGGGAACUGGGUUUACUGGGAUUUUAAAGGUUGUGGAGGUCUUUCCUGUGAGAUUAACAUCUGACCCAUCACUCCACUUAUCUUUAGGAAAAGCAUAACCCCUUUACAGAGCGUUUUACGUUUUUCCUUUCAGAAUUUCUAUAUUUUUCAGACUCAUUUACCACAAUUAUCAGUAUUUCUUUCAACAAGAAGAACAGCUGCAGCCUCUUUUUGAACGUUGACCCACAACUUCUAGUAUUUGUUAGGCUGGUGAUAUUUUGAGAAUGUAAUAGGACAGAUUUCUGUGAAUACGAAUAUUUAAGGGGUAAAUUUGAUUUUAUAAAAGCAGGGACAAGUCAGAGUUUGCAAGACAUUUCUUACAGUUUGGGCAACACUAAUCUCACUCCUGAAAUGCAAACAUUGCCAAAAUAACAGUGGUUAAGUAAUCAUAUUAUGUUUUGCAUGUUUUUUGGCCAUUUCCCCCAAAUUAUAUUCCAGUAUUUGCAGAUUUUAGUGCACAGUUCUCAUUUCAUGAAGCUCAAUGUACAGAAGUAUCAAUCAGCGUUUGUAUUAGUUUGUCAUUUUUACCUCUUAGCUCACAUUUUUGGUCAUUCAGUGACACAUUUGAGUGAAUCUUUUUAAGUUGCUGUGAAAGAAAGUUUCAUCUGCUGCCCCGAUGAAACAAAUCACUCACUGACAAAAUUAGUAUAAAAGAAGUGUUUUUACCUCCAUCUGUUGUACAAAAGUGAAGCUAAAAUACCAUACACAGUGGUGACGACAUCCUGAGCAGUUUACAAACGUACAUUAAAUCUGAUGGAAAUGGACAGAGCUACACAAAUGCACAAAAGCUUCACAUUGCUGAACCCAGUGGAGGACAGUUUAAACUGUGAAUACUGGGAGAAGUAUGCAAUGUUGUCUGUUGCAUAAGUUUACAAGCAAAUGAAAGUAAGAACAACUUUGGUUUAUACGUAAGAAAAUGUACAAGUGCACCUUCAAGUCUUAAAUGUUUAUGUCCUUCAAAAGCCCCUGAACCCACCAGACUUGCAGGCUGAAGUGACUAAAGUGAUUUAUAAUUUAUGCUAAACAACAGAAAGUGAGACAAUUUUAUUCCUGCGCAUCACUUAAGGCGUUAAAAUCACAGCAUUUUAGUGAGGUUAUAGUCAUAUUUAUAAUGUAAAUCGUGCAGCUGGACAGCCUUCUGCUGCAGCUGAGCUUCAGUUGAACAUUCAGAACGACAGACCCUCUUUUUUUCUCUCCUCCCACCGUUUUCAUGCUAGUUUGACUUCCAGAUAAAAUCUUUUGGCACCAGCUGCAGGAUUUUGACACACCAGUUUAUGCUUCUACAAAUCAACAUUGACUCCAGGUUUAUAUGGUGGAGUGCAAAAGGAAAGACAGGCAAACCUUAAGCAGUGUGACAGGCAGGAAGAGAGGAAAGACUGCGGUAAUGACGGGCAGAGGCAGCAGAGGAAAAGCAAGCCAGCCAGCCAGACUGGCAAGCGUGCAGCCGAGCAGAUCACAGAAAGGCCAGCGGGCAGGAAGGGUGAGGUGGCCGGCUGCAACCAGAGCAGACAGCUGGGAUGUUAAACUAUCACACCAGCGUACAUGACAUGUCAACCCCACUCAUAACAGCUCGGAGGCUGCAGAGUGUGCAGAGAGUUAGAAAGAGGCCUCAGCGGCUCGUGCACUGGCUCAACGUGAUCUACUGACUGCUGCUUGAUUUACAGUUGAAUAAUCAGCUGCAUUUGAAGGUUAUCCUCUACUCUAAAUUCAUAUGAUGCAUGUCUUCUCCAAGAGCGGACAAUACCUACAGAAAAACAGCAACGCUUAUUGUCUUAUUUUCCUGCUCAUUUAUGAAAAUUUAUGUAAAGAUACAUAACCACCUUGGAUACAAAUUCAAAGUUGUCUCUAUAGACACGUUUACAUGGGCAAAAAUUUGAGAGAGAAAAUCUGAAUCCACUGUUUAUAUGGUUGCAAAAUCAUUUCUUAUGUAUACAUGCACCAAGUUUUAUUCAGAUUAGAAGUAUUUGGACAUGCGCAGAGUUGUCUAAUUUCACUUAAACAACCGCAGAAGAGGAGUUGUAUUUACGCCUGUGCUGUCAACUAACCAACAAACGCGGUAGUGGCUUACUCCAUCCAAUCAGGGGUUUUCCCUCAGUUAAAUGUUGUCACUAGAUGGCGCCCUUGCAUACUUAUUUUACUGUUUUGUCAAAGGUUGCACUGUGGGUGCAGAUGUGACAUCAUUACACGGUAUUUACGCUUUGUUUAGUUAUCGGAGGAGCAGACUCAGCACCUGCAGUUGUGUUUAUGCCAGAGUGUUAAUAAUAAAAACCUCCUGUACGAACCUCAAUAAAUAAUCCAAUGGCAAAGAGUGAAGAUCGAGUCAAGUAAGAGAGUCACGAUCGGAAUAAGUGUGUACAGUACAUGGUUAAGUUUCGGAAUAACGAUCGGCAUGAACCGCCCUCCUUGAUCAGAAUAAAAUUUCUCUCCGAUUUAACCGAAUUGGAUCAAAAUCUUCAGAUAGACAAGUUUACAUGAUGAAUUUUUAUUCAGAUCGGGCAUUUAUUCCGAUUAUUUGUGCCCAUGUAACGCAGCUUAUGAUCUAUCUCUGGAUCUGAUUUUGCAAAUUCUCUAAGUCCCGCUGUAGAAAACACACUGGGACAGUCGUGACAUACUGGCGAACAAGCUUCACCCCUUACCGUGUUCUGACAAAACAAUACCAGAGUUAUGUCAGCUGUUUGAACCAUCAACCACAUUGGCAUCAGAUUGUUUAUUUCAGCAUUCGUAGUCCUGUCAGUUCAGUGAAUAUCAGAGAGUUUUGUGGAAAAACUGUGGGUCAAAAGUUCAUCAGAUGUUGCAGGAAGAUUCUGUGCAGUAGAAGAAGUCUGAGACGUAUUUUCGGCGGUUGAAACAAACAUACGGUUAAAAGCUGCAAACUGAAGACUGAGUGAAAGACUGAGUGAAGCUUUCACUGCAGGGGGCAAUGUGAAGUGAACACAGACAGAUUUCAUAAAAAGGGAAACACACACACACACACAAACACACACACACACAAAGUCACUGUAGAUGCUUCCAGUUGUUAGGAUGUAACGUUUACAUGAAUUAUCAUCUGCAUAGGGCUUGAAUAUUAAAGUCUGGGUGUCACACAUUCAGUCCUGCAGAUUUACGCAGUAUUUUCAGUUUUCAGUGUUAGAGGUCAGUAUCAGAGGUUGCUCUGCGCUCUUAUUUAACAUAUAAUGGUAAGUAAAGAAACACAGAAAUACAUUUUAAUUUAUUACAAAUAUACUUUAUGGAGUGCUGCCACAUUUAAGACUUUAAAACUUCCGUUUUUGACAGUAUUUUAUUAAACUUGCUAUCUACCUUGUUUAUUUGACAGGAGACAGAUUUGUUGUAUGAAUUGUUAUGAAGAGUUACGAAGUUAGAGUCUGUUUUAUUUUGUUAAAAAAUCAGCAUUUUGAAUGUUCUUUCUGUGUUCUUGUUAUAUCUGUCCUGCUCACCUCAGAUUUAAGUGUUAAAGAAAAUGUAUUAAAACUAGAGUUGCUGGAUCUCUUAUUUUAAGACCACACCGGACCCUCAGUGAACCUUUAGAAACUAUGAUUUACAUAUAUCAAAAAAAGCAAACAGUUAUUUUUUUAUGCUGGUUUUGAUUGAACAUAUUUAUCUACCCCUCCCACAUUGUCCUGUUUCACUCAUACUGGUUUUUAUAUAUAUUUGUAGAGUCCACAUGCUGUUUUUUUCCCAUGAUCUUUGCAAGUUGCAAACAAGUGAAAUACAAUGCUUUACCACCCUGCACAGCGUCAAAAAAAUCAGUUUUGCAUAGUGUUGCAAGUGUUUAAUGCUACAAAAUCCAACAUCUAAAUAUACAUCUAUUACUCAAGCCCAGUUUAAACACAACAUCUUUACUGUUUUAUGAUACCAUCAAAAUUCAGCUUCUAACCUGCCUGUUGCUGCAGCAUCAUUUUUUUUCACUGUAAGUUGUAGUUCGGUGUGAGGUUUUCUUAUUCACUUUCCUUCAUUAAGAGACGAGCUCUGAAAUUGAGGUCAUGGCCGCUGUUGGAACGAAAACAGCUUCCUUAAGUCUUGGUAAUUUGCAUUUUGUCACACGCUGUUAAGAUCAGUAGACCAACACAAGAAAGGGUGUAACAUUUGUGGGAUUUUGUUCAUUUUCACUCAGCAGUUUCUCUGCUCAGUUUAAGAAUGUGCUUCAAAACAGGUGAAGAAGCUUUUUGACAGUUUUUUUUCAUGUUAAAUCAUUUCAGCUUCAAACUGUGUACGUGUGGAUAAAUCACUUUGUGUGAGAGAAAAACAAAAAGCAGAAGCCACAUUUGGUGAAGGACAUUAAAAAGUCUUUUUUUAUGUGCAUGCUCUUCAACACAUGGCAAAGAUUCAGUACUUGAAAAUGUUGAUUUUUUUUUUCAGUUUGACUUUAUUUUGGUAUUCUGGGAUGCAUGUUGUUUAAAUUCACUCUGUUCUUCUGUUUUACACCACAGAUACUUUUAGCUGUAUUAAACAGACACCUUUUGUGGGUGGGGCUUAGCUGCAGGCAAAACAACCUUCUUGAUACAUCAGCCACCGUAAACUGGUUUUAGGCUUGUUUUCAGCAGUGGUGUAAGAAAAUACAGGUCCCUCUGAGGUCUUAAUCUCUGCAGCUGAUAGUGCUAUUAAAAUAAGUGAACACUGAUGAACAGAAGCAGAUUUGGUGACCUUUAAGUUCUCACACGCUGGAUGAAUAAUUGGACAGGACUGCCAAAGAUAGAACAGUCAAAACACGAUCUAUUUUUUUCCUGUCUUCUGUUUAGGCUGAUGUCUUUCCUGCACUGUGAGUUUAUGCUUUUAAUUUAAAGUAAACCACUCCCACUAGAUUAUACGUCACAGAAUUGAAUAAAAUUACCUAUUACAAUUAACCUAUUAGGCACAAACUACCAAUUUUGUUGGAUUCACAUUUAAUCUUGGACUAUCAGUUUGUAAAAGUGGAGAAUCGUCUAUCAGACAGAUGCCAUAGCUCACUCCAUGACAUGUGGUAACCAGCUUCAACAUAUCCACUACUAUAAACUCAUUGUAUCACCGUUUGCUUACUUUCUGCACAAUACUAAUAUUUCAGUUCUUUGAAAAGACAGUCAUUGCCAUAUCCGUGUACUGCUACAGCCCUAAAGUAAGGUCUUAUUUACGCUCCCUUUGCUACAGAUAUCCACUAGAAGCGCUGCUCAGACUCAACAGUCUUAUCUGUCUUAUCACAUUUAUUUAUUUAUUUCAUUCUGGCACCAUAAAACGACAUUUUCAGACUCCUUUGUUGCCUAUAACCCUGCGGUGAUGCCUCAUUUUUUCCUCCAGUAUUUCAUUGUUUUGCCUCUAGCUAAUACCCUAAUACCAUCAUGAUGUUGGCCGCGAAAGGGUCCAUAAAAAAGAGAAAAAAAAAUGAUCGAUUAAUGUAUUUUUUACAUUUUGUAAAUGUUCUUUACAUUCCUUGGCAACUUAAAAAUGCAGGUUAAAAUGUUUGUGAUCUAAUGAAUGGCGCUGAAUCCACUGUUAAUUUAAAACGUUACAUGGCGAGCCAAUUAACCUUCAAAUGCCAUCAGACAUGGAGAAUGAAAGUGAUGAAUCAUCUUUAUCAGAUUCAUUUAUAAAUUUUCAUGGUCUUCUCUUCAGGAUAAAGUAUCAUUAUCUAGUUAGACUCUCCAUCAGGGGUGCAGUCAGUGUGCUGCAGUCUAAUUAGGAUUUAUUUUCUUCCAGAGAUUGAACUAAUGACUUUAAUUUCUCACUGACUCUGACUCAUAUUUGAUAUUUCUCAGCCAAAGCCUCUCUCUAAAUUAAAAAUGUACUUCUUUCUGUACCUGUGUUUCAAAGAUUGGGGAUGAUCAAUCAUUUAAAUGCAGAUUUCUCCGUUGUUGGUAUAUUUAUUUGAUUUUCAUAUCACUGUUCUUUGAUUGUAUAGUUACAGUGAAGUAGGAGCUGUCCGGAGACCAAACUGAAUUGUGAAGUUAUAUCAAAGAGCUGGUUUAUUAUAGGAGCAAAAACUGUUCACUUAGCAGGUGUUUAAUGUAUAAAUGUCCUCAGAGACAGUUUGCUGAGAUGCAUCAUGUAAAACGAGCAAAAUAAAUAUGGACACAUGUAGGUUUCUCACUGCUCACAGUCUCUUCUCUUUGUGUCGCUAUCUCAGUUAUCGUGACCUUUAGCGUCGAUGCCGUUUGACGAGGGAUUAAGUCUUGAAUGGAAACACUGAUGACUGCUGCUAAAGGAUCAAUAAUCAAUAAGUUUUCCAGUACUGACGUGAAUGAUAAGAUGGUGAAAUUCCUGGUUAUCUGAGGUUUUCAAGGUUUAUCUUGUCAGAUUUUCUUUUGACUGAGGUGCAUUAGGAGUAAUUUUACGUUCUGCUCUGAAGAUCUAUUAAACUUGAAUACAAGCAUACAUUGGUACAAUGUUGGAUGUCUGGACUAAAGACUUAGAAUACUAAAUAUUUGUAAAAUUCCACCCAAGGCAACAGCUGAAGUUCUGUGUGAUGCUGUCCAUGAUACUGUUGCUAGGAUACGGCAUACAAUCUAAAAAACAUGGAUCACCCACUUCAUAACACCUUGAUGGACCAAAAAACAACAACUGAGGAUGGCCCAACUCUCUUCGCUGCAGGAAAGAAAGAUUCAGAGGAUCUUCGAACCCACAGCCAACAGACUUUUUAAUUCUUCUAUGAAUAGUAGAUGAGAUUCCAGACAAAUAAUUUCCCUUUGGGGAUAAAAAAAAAGUUCUUAUAUUCUUGUGCUCUGAACCUCAGCAAAGCUUCAAGAUAUGAGAUCCGUGGAUUUUGACAAAAUCCGCAGAUGUGUCCUCUGGCUUCCCUGAGCUUUUGAGAGCUUGACGUCAGGUUCUGCUGUCCAAUCAGGUCAUCGUAUCGUUAAACGAUGUACAUUUUUAAAUUCUCCUUUGCCGCUAAGUCUAGUUUACCGCUUGGCUUUCUCCUCAACUUUGCACUUCAUUGAUGUUGGGCAGAGGCAAGAAUUAGGGUCAUUUUUCCAUGAAGUGAUCUACUGUUGGAGUUCACUUUUUGUUUCGCAACCAAUGAAGCUGCCCCCUGCUGGCCAUCAGACAGAAUACGGGGAUUAAAACGGCCUUAAGUUGUUAUUAAAGUUUAUGUAAAACACAAAUAAAGACAGUGAUCAUCUCAAAAACUUUUGCAAACAUUUAUUGAAAUGGUGUCUCACAAAAUGCACAUUGGUAAUUUGGUGUUUUUCAAUAUUUUCACACAGCGGAUGUCCUCACUCAAGUCUCUUAAGUGCUGUUUUAAACAGCCUGAAAUGUCUCUCAGGACAAUGAAUUGGCUGCUGAAAUGUUCAGAACUGUCAUUGAGUGAGGCUGCUGCUAUUUCAUUGUAUCCCUUUACUUUCUAAUACAUGCAAAAAUCAUUAAUACUGGCUUUUAAUGAAUUAUGGUUAACAUUACCUCCUAUAUUACCGUCUGGUGGCUAUGAACAAAAGGAAAAAUGUCAAAUGGUACAAAUAUGAAUUUUCUUAGCACACUUUUUUGCCUGAAUCAAUGCUGAUUUAUCCAAACAUGAGACCUUUAAGAGUGCAACAAAUAACAUAACCCAUUAUCUACAGUCUUUGUACAGCAUCCUACUCACUAGAGGGUGGUGUAUGUAGAAAAGUUAAUCACAGCUGUGUUAGUUACAACAAAAACCUGUAUCAGUGUCUUCCUUUAAAUAACGGCUUCAUGCAAAAUAAACAAGAAAUCAAGUAACAAACAAAAGAGUGAUCCUAGUACAAGAAUCCAAUAAUUUCAAACAGUUCAUCUCAGGAACAAAAUCAUGAAAGUUCCCACCUUCUGCAGUCAUACUUCUCUUUAUGAAAACAUUAAAAUUAUCAUCGUACAUCCAAAGUUCUGAAACAUUUUCAGACUGAUACUGAUUCCUUCAAGAAAUCAAGUCAAAGACAACAGGAGCUGAUCAAAGAGCUGAAAAGAAAUUCAGUCUAACCCCAAAAACUUUUCAAGCUUUUUCAGCCCUUUUCAGUCAGUACAUUUACAUGUUCCUCAAAAAAUCCAUCAAUUUCGUUAGACCGACAGAAACCGGACCUUUAAAACACGUGUAAUCAUGUUAGCCUAACUGAAACUGCACAGAUUACUUAUGCAUUUGUUGAUUGUUUUGGUACGUUAUGUAAUAAGUCUGUAACAAGUUUAAAAUUAGCAGAGGUUGACAUGCUUCUGCCAAUAACUAGAUUUUCACCC